AUGAUGCGAGGAGAGAUCCCUUCACGGCAUCACAGGGCCCUCGGCCAGCGAAGACUCGCAAAGAACCCAAAUCUUCAACGAAAGCUGGAACAGAUGGCUCUCCCACUUGCACCUCUUGUCCAGCUCACCACAGGCGCUGUCCAUCCUUCUUUUCCCACCACGGUCCUCAACUUUUGGCUCCUCACCGAUGAGCAGCUGGAGUCUCUUGCACAUUUCUACCACCAGAGGACGCCAUCGCCUUGGACAAAUCAGUACCCCUGCCCAGUCACUUGGAGAUCUGAUCUGCCUCUCGAGGAGAAGCGGCGCAAGAUGGGCAAGUUUAUCGGUCUCCGGGGUUGUGAAUCUCCCAUCCUUCUCAAAACGGAGGAGGAGAUCCUAGCAGAGGCACGAAAGGCGAGACUUGCAGCUGAAGAGGAUCUUUGGAGGCGAAAGCACUUUUCCUGA